AUGUCUCUGAAGAAGAAAAAGUUAGCGCCUUUCUCGCCCUCGCUGAAGAGUCGCAGCGCAAAGGAAAGGAUACGAUGGGCGAUCGGCGAUCUUGGAGAUAAUAUGCCACGGAUACGAACAGCGAUCAUGUUUCGACUAUGUACAGAGAUGUGUAACCAUUCGGAAACGGCAGAAGAGGGCUUUCGCCCGCCGCCGGACACAAAUCCACCGGCGCCACCACCGAAUAUGAAAAAGAAACGUGGGCCGAGUGGACAGUAUCUUCGCGAUAGAGGUCGAUUUUUCAGAUGGGAUGACGAUGACGACGAUUUCGACGACUGA